UUUAGUGUGACUUCCUCCUCGAGAUCGAAGACAACAAAUUCGCAUUUCUGAUUUCAACCAAACUGAAAUUGAUUGAUUGCAACAAUUCUUUAGAUACAUCAUUUGCUCCCUCCAAACUUUGAAUAAGAAGAAAAAUGAUCGAACCCUGGAGCUUAUAAAUUUGACACAUUCAGGUUUAUCGUGUUCAGUAAGUGAUGACGUCUCGGAGCGUGCGGAAAGUGACGGAGAGUGUGGAGCAGUCAGAGGGCGAGGGGGAUGGAACCACCAUCAAGCGGUGCCUCGGGGACGAUGUGUCUGACAUUGUAGAUCCAUUUCUGAUGUUGGAUGAGUUCACAGUAAAUCCCCCCACUGGUUUCCCUGAUCAUCCCCACAGGGGCUUUGAACUGGUUUCCUAUAUUUUAAAAGGCACUGGUCAGCAUGAGGAUUUUAUGGGCAACAAAGGAAAGCUCAAGACUGGAGAUGUUCAGUGGCUGACUGCCGGGCGGGGUAUCGUACACUGUGAGUGGUCCUAUGGGGAGGAGAAAGCUCACGGACUCCAGCUCUGGAUUAACCUAGCCAAGGAUCAGAAAAUGCAGGAACCAUCCUGUCAAGAGAUGCUCGCAGAAGAUAUCCCAAGGACAUCCAAAGAGGGCAUUGAGGUCAAGGUCAUUGCUGGAGAGGCAUUUGGUAUCAAGUCAACGAUAAGGACUAGGACACCGACUCUUUAUUUACAUUUUACAAUGAAUGAGGGUACUACAUUAAAUCAACCAAUUCCCAAAGGCUGGAAUGCAUUUGUUCAUGUCCUCUCUGGCAAGGCAUUAUUUGGUCCAGAGAGCAAAGAAAAACUAGUAAUCCCAACCCAAACUGCCAUCUUAAAUGCUAAAGGAGACUGUGUGAUAGCUCAAAACCAGGGAUCUGAUCCCUGCAGUUUUAUUCUGCUGGCAGGUCAACCAUUAAAUGAACCAGUAGCUCAACAAGGUCCCUUUGUGAUGAAUACAGAAGAGGAACUUCACCAGGCUUUGGAGGAUUAUAAGUCAUGCAUCAACGGAUUCGAGCGGGCGAAUUCCUGGCAGUCCAAUUUCCAACAAAGUAACAGCUGAUCUCGUUAAUUUCUAGUCCCAAAAGUUUUAUUUUUAUGAAGAAUCCACAAUGAUUAUGUUUUAUUAUAAUUUUUUGAUUUUUAUGCAACUGUUGAUUUUUACAUUCCACAAGAAACUGCAGAAAAGAAUAAUACUAGGUACUUGACAAUAUUUAA